CUUCCACCUACUGUUUAUAUUGUUACACUCAACAGAUUUGGUCAAUGUUGGUAGUGGGUAGGUUCGUCAAAUUUGGAACAAGAUGAUGUUAGCCGCAUCCAUAAGGGAAACCCGAUGAGAAGUAUGUUAAAAAACCAAAUGAAACAGUUAAGAAGACGAUUUUUUUUUAAGUUGUUUUGGAUGGAUAUCCCAUGGAAUGGAUUUCACCCUUCUUUCGACGUAUAAAAGGUACGACUCAAUCAAAAAAGCUGAUCCUUACUUAGUUUCAAAGUAUGAAAUCAAAGCAGGAAUGGCUGUUAAACUCGAUUUUUUUGAAAUCUUGAUCUAAGACAAUAAAGUGUCAGUUUGUGUUCUCCUUGCUUUCAACGCAUAUCUGAAGAGUUCAUCAUUUGCUAGCUAUGCUUUUCCUAAAAUGGAUUUCUUUACGAAGACUUUAAUUCUUUGGUCGAGCUGAACCGACUCACUGGAAAUAUUCCCUGGCAGUCUUGGAAUGUGCGACUGAGAAGAACAAUAGCUGUUUUCACGACAAGAACAUUCUUUUGUUCUUUUCUUUUGCCUUUUUCUUCGUCCUAAGACGACUAAAUAUGCUUUACACAUUUGUUUGACCGUUCAAUUAAGUUGACAUUAGCGGAAAUUGGGUUUGGAAAUUUCACUUACAGAAAGCAUGUUGUACCUCUACAACAAAAAAGAAAAACGUAAACAACAAAUUAUCUGAAGAGGGAACACUAAUUCUUUCCUUAUUGUCGCAGACUGUAAAGAAACUUGUAUAGCUUACCUUUGUUUAUUUGUUACUGAAUCGGAUUGCGUUGUGUUAUUUCGGAUUGUCGCUCGCUUUCGUUCGCGGUAAAUGGAUUUUAUAAGUUUUGUAUGAUUCAAAUAAUUCUUCUACCAAGUACUGGAGAUGCUAUGAAGGAUGGAAAACUCCAAAGGUUCCCUCCAUAGUAGUUCCGGGUCUUACAACAAUCUUUUACCUCCCUUUGGACAUCAAAGCAAAGGCGAUAACCCAACUGAUGCAAUUCCUAUCAAAAGCCCAUUGGAGAGAUUAAGUACGUCGACGGAGCCGAGUUCUCAACAAGGCUUGACUCGGACACCGAAAAAAGCAUUAUCACGAGCUCCCGAGUCUUCCUCUGUUGCCGCUGUGGUGAGUCCUAGACAAACAAAACGUCUUUUCUCAGAGGUUUCAGUUCAAUCCCCAAGAAAGAAAAAACCUUUACAGUCUGUUGAUUUGCCAUUUACAAAAGGUGGAUAUGGUGGCUUUUACGACUCUAGGAAUGGGAGCUUAAAAUUCACAAAGCACGAACUCAGCGUUACAUACGCCGACCGGUUUCAUGCCCCACCCAUCCAUUUCCCGGUACAUCUAAUUAAGCGUUUGUACUGGCUUCAGGGAUGGCGAGACGCUCAUGUCGAGUCGCCCGUUCAUGCUAUCCAUAUAACGCUAAAAAGUCGCGAUAUGAAGCGCAUAGUACGAGGAGAUUCAACGAGUAUGCUUUUCCUUUAUAAUCCGAAUCAUGUUGAAGCAGCCCGUGCCGGAUUAGAUUUGUUUGAUCAAUCUGAAUUCACCCUUCUUUCUCCUUCCUCUGCCAAGGAGUUUCAAAAUUUGUUAACUGUUAAACAGCCCGCUCCCACCUCCUCUACUACUUCGUCUCCUUCCGUUUCUCGAGUAAAAAAUGACCCUUCUAAAUCUGUUCAAUCCAGUCCUUCCUCUAGCCAAUCUCGUUCAGCUACUCCGCAUUCAUUAAACAACCAAGCUAGUACACCCAUUGCAAGUCCUAAAACACCAAAAAGUGCAAAAGUUCCCACUGUUUCCAUAGAGUCUCUGAAAUCUACGCCAAGUCGGCCACCUCUAAAUAGCACACCUAAGUCGGCCACCUCUGCUCUUAAACGCAUACCCUCGUUACCCAGUGUCUUUGGAGACAAUCAUGGACCCUUUUAUAAUGAAAUUACCGCCUCACAGGAGUCUGAAAAAUCUCUCAUUUCUGAAAUCCCUUGUCAAACGCUUCUUAUUUAUCCAUUUACUGGUACAAACACCAUUGCUGUAAACAACACCGAUUUAGUUCGAUUAAACGAUGGAGAAUUCUUAAAUGAUACUAUCGUCGAUUUCUAUCUACGUUAUUUAUAUUGUAAACUAGAAAAAGAAAGCCCUUCUUUAGCACAAUCAACGCAUAUCUUUAAUUCCUUUUUCUUUAGUCGACUAGUUUCAAAAGACAAAGAUGGUAAGCGACUAGGCCAAAGAGGUGUGCGGAAGUGGACGCAAAAAUUUGAUUUGUUCACCAAAAAAUAUGUUAUUGUUCCCAUUAAUGAAAUGUUUCACUGGUAUUUGGCAAUUAUCUGCAAUAUAGAUCAGUUAAUACCGGCAAACCACAAAAGUUCUUCCGAAGAGGAAGAUGAAAUCACUUUACCCUCGGUUCAAAAGGAUAUUACAGAGAAUAAAGUUGUCCUUACAAGUAAUAGCCCGGUUAUCCUAAUUUUUGAUUCCUUGGCAAACAUGCACAAAGGUAGUUUAAAGUAUCUACGAGAUUACUUGAUUGAUGAGGCUUGGGAAAGGAAAAAAAUACAGUUAAAGCCUACUGAUAUUCGUGGGUUUCAUGCCAAAGUACCGCAACAGAGUAACUUCUCCGAUUGUGGUAUCUUUGCGCUUCAUUUUGUAGAAUUAUUUCUAGAAGCACCUCAGCAAGUGUUAUCGGAUAUUUUGGACAAGUCAGCCAGACAAAAUGUGUCUCAGAGUUUUGAUGAACGUUGGAAUGUUCAUAAGAUAAAUACUAGACGGGAAGAUAUCAGGAGUUUAAUUGGAGAUUUAUCUAAAGAAUGGAUGUCUAAUAGGGACAACCAAGUGUCCUCUGAAAGAUCAAAGGACAACAAUGAUGACGAUGAUGACGACCUUACUGUUCUGUAAAGUAGCUAGAUUUUUUUCAUUUAAAGGGAUUAUAGGAAUUAUAAAUUUUAAUAUUUUAUUCAUAAAUAGUUGAUAGACUCAAGUUAAGCAUAAACCUGUUAAUAAAUUUACAUAGAGGAUCA